UUAUUAUGUAUUCAGCCACACCUUAUACUGUGUCAGAGAAGCUGUGCUCUACCAGCAAGCGAGCUAGUUGAUGGGAGAUCGUAGGAUAGAAAUGGCAUUGGACAGACAGGCAGCUUCGCCAAGACCACUUUUAUCUCCGUCAAACUUCAAUCGCCUCUCACCUAUACCAACUGAACAGUCAAGCUUGCGGUCUAAGGCAAAGAUGUCGGCAACAGACGCUGGGACCGGAUCCUCAGCGCAUGCAUCGAGCUCCGCAGGAUGGGCUUCACCUCCUUCCGUUGACCUCAACGCAGCGAGACGUUCUCCUCGAGACAGGAUGAACAUCGAUCACCUUCUCUCCUCCAGCCGGAGCCCGUGGUCGCCCCGACAUUUCCGUGAAUCGCGUCCUGUGCUUCAGCCGCCACGAUUCACAAACUCUUUUCAGGAUGCAACUGCGGUACAAAGGCCAACGACGGGAAAAGGAAUUUCACUGCAGCCAGUCCGUUCCCUGGCUCCUGGUUUCGAUGCAGAGUCUCAUUCGGACCAGCAUGGGAGUGAUAGCGAUGGCCAAGCUGAGAUCGCCGGAACGUCUGCGGAUCUGAGAGCGCCAGCAGGGGAAACAGCAGCGUCAGGAUCACUUCGAUACCUCCCAGUUCAUCUGUUCGUUGCAGCUGUUGGUGAUGGAGAUGUCAAUCCUGAUACCCCGCCCAAGACAAAAGAAAUUCUAGAUCAGGCAAUGGUGAAGAAGGUCUCCAAGGAGCAAAACACUGUGGUCAAUGUGAAAGGAGAAGGAGCCCUUCACAUUCAACUUC